AUGUUGGACAUGUCUAGUGAACCUAGAGGACUCCCUUGUGCCGCCCAGAGCCCUCCUGGCCAAACUUUACCCCCUGAAACCCUGCAACAAUCCCUGCCCAGCCCAGGCAAAGGGAGGGGAACUCCAGGAUCAAAGGUUCAUGCCAGGGACGUAUUGCUGCAUUAUGAGACCAGGCUUGCUGCCAUGGGGAAGGAGGUUGCAGCAAGUCCUGGCUCCAUCACCUUCGUGGGACUCUACCUCGUCUUCGGCUAUGGCGCCUCACUGCUCUGCAACCUCAUCGGCUUCGCCUACCCUGCCUACGUCUCCAUCAAAGCCAUCGAGAGCUCCAGCAAGGAGGACGACACCACGUGGCUGACGUACUGGGUGGUGUACGGCGUCUUCAGCGUGGCCGAGUUCUUCUCCGACAUCUUCCUCUACUGGUUACCGUUUUACUACUUUGGAAAGUGCCUGUUCCUGCUCUGGUGCAUGGCUCCCGUCUCCUGGAACGGCUCGCAGAUGCUGUACCGGCGGGUCAUCAGGCCCUGCUUCCUGAAGCACCACCAGACGGUGGACAGCGUGAUCAGCAACCUGAGCGGCAGGGUCCUGGACACAGCCUCCACCAUCACCACGGAAGUCCUCCGGACUCUGGUCAGCAGCAGAGCCCAGCUGAUGUCUGAGCCGGCGCCUCAGCCCCAGCUCAGCCUGUCUGUAUGUAACCCCCCCCCAGUCCAUCCCUCUCCCCCAGCAAAGGGCCGGGCUGAAGGAAGCGAGGGCCUGUUGAGCAUGACUGCCUCCACCCCUGCUUCCCUGCCGGCUGCCAGGGACUCGAGUGCCUUUUCCUAGCGGUGUGCGGGUCGCAGCCCGGCGUUCCCUGCAUCGAAGCCUCCAAGCAGGCUCUUAGCAAAAGAUGCUCGGGGUCGUGGCAGGCCAGGCCCUGUGCGACGGCAGAGAGAGCUCAGGGGCUGGUCGAGUGGUUGCAGAGCCGCUUUGGUGACUGGUUCAAAUCCAGCUGAAGGUCAACGGUGACCGGGCUGCAGUCAGAUCUGCCCACCCUACCUGGGGCUCAGCUUGGCAGCUCCUGCUGGGAUUAAGUGAGCUGGAGAGGGAAAUCCUUGAGGUCAGGGAAAGGCACAUUGCAGGGAAGCACGUGCUCUGUGGGCUGAGGGAGCACUCUUGCUGGCACUGUGCAUCACCGCUGAGGUCCUAUUUCAGUGGCUGCGUCUACACGAGAUGCUUUACUGCGCAGUAGGUUAGUCUGCAGCACAGUGAAGCGUCACCGUAUGCACAUGCAGGCAUUUGCUGUGCAGUAAAUUGGUCUACCGUGCAGUAAAUUUGCUUGGCUUUACUGCACAGUAGCAUUAAUUGCACGUGUAGACAUGCCCAGGAAGAACUCGAGGGUAGGAUGCUCAGGAGAGGGUCCUGGGGCACCUUCCGGAGGGGGCUGGGGGACAUCCUCUCCCCCGCGGUCAUGCUAACUGGCCAUUUCUCUUCCUUCACUGGUGGAGCAUAGCGUGCACCUGCCUAGUCUCCCGUAGCAGAGCCCUGUAGUCUAGACCUGCCCUCUCUAGUCGGAUCCCCCUUUGCUAAGAGCCCUGCAAGCCCCCUGCCUGUCCGCACGUGCCUUGGGGGUGGAGUGGGACGUCUCCGUUCUCUGUGGCCCCUUACUCCCCGGGGUCCUGUCUCCAUGCAUCCAAGCCCCAGCGCCUCCGUGGCUGGUGGAGCUGCUCCAUGCCAUGCAGCAGACCCACACCUUGCGGCUGGGGUCUCCACGCCAUGAUCCAGGAGACCUGUACGGGAUGCACGAGCCAGGGCAGCGUCCGUCUGCGUGACGAGGAGCGCUGAUGGCCAGUCCCACCGAGGGGAGUCGAGUGCCCUGCUCUAGUUCCCAGGGCCAGGCCAGGCUCUUCCCCUUCUCCUCCCUUCCACGAGCUGCUGGGUGCUGGGUAGAAGCUGGCCACAGGAUGCCCCUGGGGGCCCAUUUCCCAUUUGAACGGAAAUCCAUUGCCCAAGGGAAACCCACACCCGAGCAGGGGAGCCGGAAACGCCAGCCCCAGGGUGUCUCCUCCCAGCCCAUUGCAAGCGUGGCUAGAACGACAGCCUGGGGCUCCCUGCACCAUUCAGCCAGGCUUGGGGGAUAUUGCCUCCCCCUUCCCAUGCUGCAAUAGCCCCCCAGCCUGGUGCCAGAAGGGCCUUUCUCCGGCAUCCAUCCUGGCAGUGCCCGGUGGGGUCCUUGCACAUUUAGUGGAUGCAGCUGAGAGCGUGAUGAGCGUUGUAGAGCUGGAGGAGAACUACUUGGGGGCUGGGUGGGGGGUAGAUAGAUGGCUCAUGUCAAUGGGUCCUGCAGAAGCCCCAAGGGACAUGGAGGAGGGAUGGGGCUGGCAGGGACCUUGGAAAGCCCUCUGGCUGCCGGUCCACCCUGCACUUGGAUGUCCCAGGACAGAAGCCCUGCCUCACUGACCUGCUCCAGCCCCUGGGGAUGGGUCCAGCAAAGCAUAACCCUGGCGCUGGCUCCCUGGAGGGGAGGGGGGCUGCUCCCAGGGCCGGCGCUAACCCCUGAGCAGCUGAGGCAGCAGGUCGUGGUGUUAGUGCUGGAUUAGGAGGCCUCCGGCUGCUUCUAAAGGGGAUUACGUGGGAACGCUGUUCUUGUCCUGGCCGGCAUGUGCACGGCACGGCGGGCUCUGCCCACCAGCGUACGGCUGGGCCUGGGAAUGGCUCUCGCCAGACUUGGUCUCCUGCCCAAGGGCAGCGCAAAGCUCUUCCCUCGGCCUUGUCAGGACAGCAGGGAGUCCGAGGAGCUAAUCCCGGGGUAGUGGCUCAAGUGUUGCCUACUGGCUAUGGCAAGCUGCUGCUUGCUGAGGAUUGGGUUUGGUUCCUGGCUCAGAAGGAAGGCGGCGGCAGGCGGCUGGAGCAGUGCCGGCAUCCUCUGCCACCGCCCUGCCUAGUGACCUUGGGCAUGUCUCUUUGCCCUCACACUCAGGAGACCAGACCUCCCUCUUGCAGGGGUGGGCAGGAAGGGGGAGGGGUUCUGGGUGCUAAUCCAAUACUAAGAGAUGCUCUAACGCUGGGGCCGGGUGCUGCUU